AAUCGGCACAUGGCUGUACACAUUGCGGCCUGUUAGGCUGGCCAAAAUGGCGCGCAUUUGUGUACUCUUGUUGAUUUUGGUUAUCGUUUUUGUUGAUGGAUAAGUGAAUUAUUAUAUCAUCAGCCAAACAAAGGUAAGAAACAAAAUGUAUGUAUACUCUACUAUAGUUGCUCUAUGGGCAAGUCGCAAACUGUUGCCUAAUUUGUUUCGUUCGCUCGGCAACGGUUCGUGAUGUUCUUGGUUUGUAAACUCCGCAAGCACGCAUGUCUGAGUAAAGCAAAAAGUAGAACACUCACCUUUUUUCACGUUCCGGUUUAUAAACUGUUUAUAAACCGGAACAUUAAGAAGGUGAGAGUUCAACUUUUUGAUUCGGACAUGAAUGCUUGCAGAGUUUAUAAAUCGGGUCAAACACAAGUCAUGUUGUAACGUACUAUAUUAUUUAUUUUUUGAAUUUUACGUUAGUUAGGCAUUUUUCUUGCUUCGAAGUAGGCCAUGCCAGACAAUGCAAAUUUUUCAAAAUACAUGAACACACAGCAAUUUUGUAGAUAAGAUGUGACUAUUUCCUGAAACAAGCUAUUGUUGCUGGAACAUAUCCUAUAUUUUUUCAGAUUUAUUUUCAGUUCAUAAGUUUACAUUAGGCCUAGGCCUAUCUUAUAAAAGAUGCUUGAAGUUGAAGCUGACGGUUACUUUGUAUAGAAAAUAUGUGCUGAUAGGCCUAUGUACUUGCAUUGAUUUUAUCUGUGUUUGUGGUGCCUGAAACGUUUAUUUGCUAAUUAAUGAAAAAUAGGUUAAUUUUCUCACAAGAAUAUUAUUUUAAAGAUUAGUGUGAUAAAGGUAAAAAAUUAUUUUAUUUUAACAGGUCACAACAUGGCUUCAAAACUCAGAAAAACUACAUUCAGGGAUGAAUGGAACCAGAACCCAUCCCUCUCAUGGGCUCAGGCUAUUGAUGGUGCAAACUUUGCAAUCACAGGAUUGAACUGAGUAAUAUGGGGAAGCAGGCUCUUACCAGUCAUGCAUCUGGAGUGAAACACAGCAGAAGAGCGCAAGGAUUUCACAUGAGUUCAUCCAUAGCAGUGUACUGUAAAACAACUAGGCCUACAUCAGCAGCGUCACAAAAUAAUUCUGCUUCAGAGUCUUCUUCACCUUUGUCUGAAACUUCAAAAUUGUUUAGUUCUGAUGUACCCAGCUCACCUCAAGUAUCUUCCCCUCCGUUGUUCCAAACAGAUCCAGUCAGCAGUUCUAAAUCUCUGCCUGAUACUUCCUCGAAUGCUGAUAAUUCUUAUCUAAACCCAUCCGCAACAUGUUCUUGCACGUGCACAUGUGGCAGUGCUAGAAAGGAAUCAAAAUCAUUGACAAAUUACUUAUUAAAUGAUUCUGUAACACGUGCCGAAAUACUUUGGUGUUUGUAUUGUGUUAUGGCUCAUAAUUCCUUAAGGAAUGCAGAAAAUAGUGUAGCAAUGCAUCGUAAGAUGUAUCACGACAGCAAAAUUGCAGCUAAAUUGCAGUUGGGAAAAUCGAAAGUAUCCUAUACAAUAGUUCACGGAUUGGCUCCAGAAUUUAAAAAGGAACUGCAUGCUGAUAUAUCAAAAUCUUCUCAUCUUGUAGUUGGCUUUGAUGAAAGUUUAAAUAAAAUUGCCCAGAAACAGCAAAUGGACAUUUCUGUCCGUUACUGGAAUGAAGAUGAUUCAAUUACUUGCACUCGAUAUCUUACAUCAGCAUUUCUCGGCCAUUCGACUGCAGCAGACCUGUUAAGUGCUUUUAAAAACUCUUUGCCUGUGAAUACAUUACACAAAAUUAUAUAGGUGUCGAUGGAUGGCCCCAAUGUAAAUUUGCGGUUUUUAAAAGACUUGAAGCAAGAUUUGAAGGAAGGUCGUACUGAUGAGGGGGUAAUAUUGGAUAUCGGCACUUGUGGCUUACAUUCAUUACACUGUGCCUUCAAAGGCGCAAUGAAGGAAACUGGUUGGGAAAUUGUUAAAUUCUUGCGUGCUAUUUACAACCUGUUUCAUAACAUCCUCACUCGUCGUGCAGACUACAUUAGAAUAACUGGUUCCAGCUUGUUUCCUCUAAAAUUUUGUCCAGUUCGUUGGUUAGACAACGUUCCUGUUGCAGACAGAGCAUUGAAAAUUUUACCAAAUCUUCGGAACUAUGUUGCUGGUCUAAAGUCAAAUACAGAACCUACGUGUGCUAGUUUUGUUAUAGUGAAAAGUGCUAUUAAAGAUGUGUUACUUGGACCUAAACUUGCUUUUUUUUCAUCUGUUGCUGCUGAAGUUGAACCACUUCUCAAAGAAUAUCAAACAAAUGACCCCAUGGCGCCGUACCUCUUUUCCGACUUUUCUUCAGUCAUCAAGAAUUUUAUGACUAGAUUUGUCAAAGCAGACGUAAUGGCAAAUACUACCCUGAGCAAAAUAGAUUUAUCUGCAAAAAUAGAUUUAUCUUUUGUCAAGUAAAAAAACUGACUUAGGUUUUGGGACACGAGCUGCAUUACGUUCAGAAAAUGCAAGUCAGAAGGAUAUGGAAUUAUUUAGAGCAGACUGUCUAAAAUGCCUGCAGGAAUGUGUGAAAAGGAUUUUAAAGCGCUCACCUCUUACAUUCAGCUUGACAAGAGGCAUUUCAUUUGCUGAUCCUUCUGUAGCCCUUAUUCCCGAUUUGGCGAUCAAGAGGCUGUCAUGUGCCUUAGAUAUAUUUGUUAGUCAUAAUUGGCUCUCUGGAAUUCAAGGUGACAAAAUAUCGAAGGAAUUCAAAAGAUUGUGUUCAUUGACUGCAGUGCAGGAACAUUUGAAACUCCAUGUCCGAUCCAAAGUACGCCUGGAUAAGUUUUGGUUUGACCUUUUAAAUGUUUACUGUAGUGAAAAUACAGGGCAUUUAGCAUCUUUUUUGAAAAUGAUAUUUAUUAUGUCUCAUGGCAACGCAGCAGUAGAAAGGGGAUUUUCAAUAAACAAACAGUGCUUGGUAGAAAAUCAGCUGGACAUUUCACUGAUUGCUCAGCGUACAAUUCAUGAUGGUAUUUUGUCAGCUGGAGGUCUGGAUAAUUUUGUCAUAUCUAAAAGAUUUAUUCAUGCUGCUCGUAAUGCAUAUUUAAAAUACAAGGAAUACACGGAACAACAGAAGAAGUUAUUACAGGAAAAGGAAGAACAGGACACAAGAAAAAGAAAAGCAGCUGCUGAACUCUCUGCUUUGGAAGCUAAGAAAAAGAAAAUCUUGGAAGAUGCUGAAAAAGAAGCUGCUGUAUUAAGCUUCCAGAUAGAAGCUUUAAAAAAGUAGUGCUGCUAAGAAAAACCUUUGUUAAAAUUUUAAUUUGUGAUUGGACUUAAAAGGUUUUUUUAAAGUUUUAAGUUUGGAACUAUUGCAUACUUAGCUAAUUUGAAUACUAUAUAUAUUAUUUUUAAAUAUGAAGUGGAACUGACUUAUGUUUUCAAAACUAUCUAGUGAGUAACUCUUGAAGAAAUUGAGGAACAUGGUGAUAUGACAUGAAGUGGCAUGUGGCAUACAUGUUGAACACAGCUGUUAUUACAGCGGUAAUCUGUCAAGUAAUUAGCAACUAUAUAUACACAUUUCAGGAACAAAUGAUAUUAAGAAAUUAUGUUCACGAAGUUCAAGGUGAAACCGUCAGGAUACCAAGAGGUAAAGUAACUUUAACAAAAUCUGCAGUGCCAACUAUUUUUCCAAACUUGCCUUCAUACUUGACACAGCGCAAGCCAUACAGAAGAAAAUUAUAGAUGAGUGUAAGUUCAUUUUUGAAUCAAACACAAUACUUGCUGCAGUUACGACCAUUUAAAUUUAAAAUUUCAAAGUAACCAAUAUCUCACUUAAAACCAUUUACAGUUGCUGAUGGCAUUUUUACUUUUAAUGAAAAAUUUUUACCACACAGUACUUAAGUGGUUUUUAAGAUAAUUACUUGAUUUUAUGCUACAGCAUAGCAUAGCUGUGAAUUUUGUGUGUACAUUAUGAUAGUUUUUUUGCAUUAAGUCCUACAAAAUAUUUUUUUUUCAUGGCAGGGGAAGUUAACUUGCCUUUUUUUUAUUUUUUCACAAUUUUUUGGCUCUUCAAGGACAUUGGAUCUGCUGUAAAACGAUUAUAGCAGCAAAGUGCUCUAUUUGCAGGGCAGGCAUCACAUGAUAUUUUAUUUUAUUUCAUAUCUUUUAAGUAAAACAUAAAAUUGAAAGAAAAACAUUUAAGCUUAAUUAUUAAAGGUAUAGAAUUGAGAAUCGUAACAUGAAAUUCAGUUAAUCUAUGUUCACUUAAAGACUUGACUAUAAUUGUCUGUUUAAAAUUACCCUAUUGCAGUAUAAUUUGCAAUGUUUAUUAAAACUUGGGCACCAGCACAACUCAGAAGAAAAAAAAAUUAAGAUGAAAUCUAACACAUUACAGAUGAAAUUCUUUUAUACAUUUUGAGUGCAUUACAUUAGGAAUAAUAAUAAUUUUCAAAGUAUUUGCUUUUCUAUAAAACAAAACCUUUGUGAGUUAAUUUAAUCACUGUUUAAUAAAGCUUUAAGGGAAUUUUAAUUUCAAUCUGAAAAAUUCAUUUACACUGGGCUUAGAAAAUCCUAUUUUAUCACACAAUGGUUUACACAUACACACAUCUUUAACCCUGCGGAGGUCGCGCGCAAAAAUUAACAUUAAUGGUCGUGCGCGGAAUAGGACUCCGCAACUGUGUUACACACAUAUUCAUGACAAUUUUUUGUUUCAUGUUAGGUAAAAUGAAAGGGAAAAAAAUCAAUAAAAGUUAUAGUUUGAUUUUACUAAUAUCUUAAAAAAUUAAUAAAAUAUUAAAGCAACAGUUUAAUAAACAUCUCUUCGCUAAUGUACCCCUUUGUCAUAAAACAUAAGAAAACAAAAACACAAAGUAAACCUACUUUAGUAGUGAAACAAUGGGUCAGCAUGAUUAUUAUGAUUCUAGUUAAAAAUUAACAUCUGAAAACAAUUUUCUAAUAUAGUUUUCCAUGACUAUAUUUCUCUUGAAAUUUUGUAUAACUCUUUAUCUGAUAUUCCACCACUUUGCAAUAAAACAUAUUCCGGAAGCAAAAGUAAGUAAAAAUGUUUUAGUUAGUAGUGCAAACAAUUUGUCAACAUGAUUACCUAUUACAAUGCCAGUAACAAAUUGGCAUCUGAGCAUAACUUUCUAAAAUAGUUUUUCAUUACCUACUACAUUUCUCUCGAAAUUCCCAAUAAUCAUUUCUUGAUAUUCUACCACUUUAGCAUAAAACAUCAUCAGGAAGCAAAAACACUAAGUAAAUCUGCUUUAGUGCAAAAAAAGUUGUCAUGAAUAUUACUUGACCAGUUACCAAUUUAUGCCUAAGCACAACUUUCUAAAAUAGUUUGAUUCACCACGUUUAUCUUGAAAUUUUAUUUAAAAAACUAGUUGAUGAAAAUUCAAACAGUUCACAAACUUACUGCGUCUGUAUACCUAUAAUAAUAAGCAAAACAAUAAUAUAAUUUAUGCAACAAAAAGAACACAUGAAACUGUAUUAUUUGCACAGAAUUUGUAAUCGGUGCUAUUUUAUGUGUAAGACACACUAUUCGAGCAAUCUGGGCAGUUUACAGAUCCUACAUGCUCAAGAGACACAAAUUUCUGACACGCAGCAUUGUGACACAUGUACUUCGUUGGCCGAUUUUUUGUUCGGUCACAAAGUUUACACCUCCCACGCCUUUGUUCAGUGUUUUCACGAGUGACAGGUGUCUCUUGUCGUGGAGCAUUCAACACUUCCUUCAAGCAAAGACUUAUAGUCUGAGGAAGACUUUUACAUACAAGCCUCGUAUGUAGGUGGUCUUUUAGAAGAGCUUUGGAUAAUGACUUCAAGAAGUCUUUCCUCGAAGAUUUUCGGCCCAAAUCUGUGCACUGAAUCAUGUAGGAGUUUAUUCCUGCAAUGUUUAGUAAUGCAAAGAAAAUUACCAAAGUCCAGCAUCGUGUUAUCCUUGCUACAUUGUUAAGUGAUUUCAUUUGAUCAACAGUAUCAACUCCCGAUUUUGUUGAAUUAUAAAAUGUGACUAUUUCAGGUUUGUCAGCUUUAUCAUCCAUAUCGUCACUAGCAUGCAUUAUAGGUAUGAGUAGUACAUUUUUAUUUAUUUUUGGUUUGUAUGAACACCAACGUAAUGUCUCUGUUGAAAGCAAAAAGACUGGACCCUAUUGGUCUAUCCUUCAUAUAUACUGUUAUCGAUGGUAGCUCUCUUUUAUUUUUCUUGAUUGUCCCAACUAGUGUAUUCUUUAGUAAAUCCAUGGCUAGGGGCACGGAUGUGAACCAGUUAUCACAAAUCAGAUUUUGUCCACUCUUUGCUAUGGGCGCUACCAUUCUCUUCACAAUAUCAUGCCCUGAGUUUGAUUGUGCUUAAGGACCUUCAGGUUGGUUGCCACAGUAUAUUUAUAAAUUUUUUGUAUAUGUAAUUUUGGCAUCGACUAAUGCAAAAAUUUUAAUACCAUACUUGACAGGUUUAGAAGGUAUAUACUGCCUAAAUCGGCAGCGACCACGAAAGGCCUCCAGCAUUUCAUCAACUGUGACAAACUCUGAUGGUGAAUAGUGUCUCUUACAGUUGUCAACAAAUCUGUCAAGUAUGGUUCGGACAGCAGCAAGUUUGUCAGUUUCGAGUCUUUCAUUUCUGGUUGAUUUAUUAUCGAAUCGCAAGGCUCUGAGCAGAAAUUUGAAUCUCGAUACACUCAUAGCCAAACAAAAGUAUUCAAUGCCAGUUCCAUCAGCAGAGGUCAUUGAGAUUUGUAUGUGAGGCUUUCAUUACACCCCCAAGGAAGAGUAAACCCAAGUAAGCUUUUACUUUAUGAAUAUUUGUUGUGUGUGUUUCACUUUCUCUAGAAUAACUGCCCUGUAAACACUCCAUAUACAAAUUUGUAAACUUCACUAUGUCAUCCAACAUGUUCUUGGUAAAAUAUAAAUCAAACACUUCCUCAUAAGUAACUCAAAAUCUUGCAUCACCCAAAGCACCUGGAAGAUGUAUCACAAUGUUGUGACACCCUUGUUGGCAGGUUCGACCUCUUCUUACUGGGCGGUCGUACCACUGUGUGUUGCCAUCUCUUCCACGAUAAGCAGCUUGUCUUGGAAAAUCAUCUUCACAAUCUGAUUGCUCCGUGUCUGUAGUAUGGGGACUUACCUGGAGAACAUCUUCGCAGCUGUCAUCACUACCUUCUACUUCAAACUCUGGGUCCUCCAUUUUUCAACAACAAAGUAAUAUUCAAGUCUCACAAAUGCUCGCGCGUGGACUCAGACGCCACCAGUCACAUUACACGCACGUACGUGCGCGGACUCAGACUCUGCACAUGACACGUGACCGCUCCUUGCGAUAGCUAAGAACGCACUGACUAGCACAUUUUACCACCCCUCCUGGUAGGGGAAGGUAGCCAGAUGGCUGACGCCGCAACAUGCAGAUAACAAAAGAAAAUGGAAAACAUAUAUAUAUAUGUGGAGUUUGAGCGCGCGCGCGACCUCUGCAGGGUUAAAGAAUAUGCAAAUGUAAAUAAAGUCAAAAAAAUCUUCAUUGGAAUCUGUAACAGAUCCAGUAGUUCGUAAAUGAAGGGAUCAUAUUAAAAACUGUUAGUGAGAUUUAAAAAAAAAAUCUUGUGUUAUUAACUACUCAAUUACCACCUCAGAUUUGUUACUAAUUGGAAUACAUUAGUUUUUUGCAAUAAUUUAAUUUAUAUCAGAAGCAUAAAACAAUGUAUGAAACUAGGUAAACAGUGUACUUUUAAUGAAUAGUUAUUGUUAUAAAUAUAUAGCAAAAUAAUAAACAUGUUUGAACAUUCUUGUUUACAGAACAUUAAUAACAAAAAUUCUGUCAAGAUAGCUCGCUUAGAGCCACAAAGUGCCAGCUCCCCAAGCACCGCAAAAAAUGAAAAUAAUGGUUGGGGCAGAAAAACAGAAAAGGAUGCUUCACUGACAUAUUCUACUACCGAAAAUCUAAGCAGAACAAUGCAGAUUUGUUAAUUAAAGUUGUUUGGGAACGUGACAAUGCUCAGCCAAGUUUGUACAUUUGCAAUCGUAAAAUAAAUAUGAGGAGGUUAAAUUUUAACUAUGUCCAUAGUACAGACAAGUUGGAAAUAAUAGAGUUUUGCAAAGGGGUACAUAUCAAAGAAAUAACCAGCAUGAACUCACCUCAAGUGUCAUUAAAAAUAUUAAGUAAUGCAACAAUAUGCAAUGGAAUUUUGUUUAGUCCAAAAUGUUGCUUUGUUUCAAAUGAAGUUUGCCUACACUGCAAAUGCUUCAAAACAUGACUAAUAAGUAAAUCUAAAGUUCCACAAAGAUGCUUUCUAACUAGAAAUGUGAAGCGUUCGGUACUAAAAGAAAGAUCUGCCAUUACAAUGAUAAUGCAAGAAACACCGAGAUUAUGCGAAAGUGAAAUCAGACAAUAAAUCAAUAUCGUCUUUUUUUGUAAACAGUGACGAUACGGAUGUUACGAAUGCAGAGUUGUUGUUCACUUCAUUUCUAGUUGAGCAUAAUAUCCCAUUAUCGGUCUCCAACCACGCAGGAAAUUUAUUUAGGGCUAUGUUUCCUGAUUCAAAGAUUGCGCAUAAAUAUGGUUGUGCUAGAACCAAGACGAAUGCAUUGGUUCAGCACAUGGCAAGUGAAUCAAAAAGAGUAAUAGUUUCUAUUUUGCAGCAGGUGCCGUUCUCGUUCGCAACUGAUGGGAGUACUGAUUCCAAUUCUGUGAAGCUGUACCCUUUGGUUGUUUCGUUUUUCAAGCCAGCUCGAGGUCAGGUAUCUGUUGUACUUUUGUCGGUUUUGGAAACUAGUGACAACACCGGGUUAGGAAUUUUUUCAGUUAUCAAUAAAGAGCUCUCUUCUCUCAGAAUUCCAUGGGAAAACUGCAUUGCAUUUGCUUCAGAUAAUGCAAACACAAUGACAGGUGAAACAAAAGGAGUAAUAUCCUUUGUAAAAGAACACCACCCUGCAGUUUUAAUGCAGUGCUGUUCAUGCCAUUUAGUACAUUUGGCAGCUCAGAAGGCAUCCUCACAUCUGUUAGUAAAUGUUGAAAACUUCUUAGUGCAACUAUUUUAUUACUUAGAAAAAAGCUCUAAGAGGAAGAAUACUUUGAAGGUGUACCAGGAAAUUUGUGGGAUGAAAAGUCACAAAAUUUUUAAGUAUGUAAGUACACGUUGGCUUUCGUUGCUUGAUUGUAUUACUCGGGUUGUAGAGCAGUGGGAAGCCUUACAAAUGUUGUUCUGUCAUGGUCCUCUUCUGAAAGUGGAUUCAUUAAAUAAACAGCAUUCAAUAUUGAGGUCAUUAAUGCAGGAUCCUGUCACAAAGCUGUACUGUUAUUUUUUACAGUCUGUUCUCCCAGUUUUUAAUUCUGUUAAUGUGUAUUUACAGCAGGAAGCCCCUGUCAUACACAUAUUGAGAAGAAAGUUUGUUGGUCUUCUGACAGACUUGCUUAUGAGGUUUAUCAAACCAUCUGCUCUGAAACUUGGAGCCACUUCAAUCACAGAGGUUGAAUUUCAGAAGGUUAAAAAUUAAAAGUCUGAUUCGGAGCUGGUGAUUGGUGUGAAAAUUAGGGCAUACUUACAGGAAAAGUCUGUAAAAGAUAUAGAUGUUAGAAAAUUCUAUUCUUCUGUGAGGGAAUUUUAUGUUGCAGCUUGUAUUUACAUUUUGAAAAAGUUUCCUCUUACUGACGCAUUCUUAAAACAUGCAGAGGUAGCUGACAUUUCUGUUAGGCAAGAUGUUUCAUUUACUCUGUAGAGUAUUUUGUCCAUAGAUUUCCAAAACUUAUAGAAGAAAGUCAGCGUGACAGGCUCGAAGAAGAGUUUGCAGCCCAUCGAUUCGAAAAUUUCACAGACGACAUUGUAAAUUGUUCAAGGUCUGAUUAAAGUUGGUGGAAAAUAAGUCAGUUGAAAAAUGAAAGUGGUCAAAUUAAAUACAGUGCCCUAGGUAAAGUAAUGUUUGCAUUAUUGAGUGUCCCUCAUAGCAAUGCCUCCACAAAGCGAAUUUUUAGUUCUGUGCGAAAAAAUCAUACUGAAUUUAGGCCGUCAUUGUCAACAGAGUCUCUUUCUGCACUUCUAAUUCAAAAAGUAAAGACUGCAUCAGAUGGGGAAGUGUGCUUCAAAAAACAUUUUUCCCAAAAACAGUUGCAAGCUGCAAAACAUGCAACGAAACAACAUCUGACUUCAAGAGUUUAAUGUUAGUGUAAAGCGUAUGACACAGACAACAUUAACAUUUUAUGUAAAGAGUGUAAUUCAUUUAAAAAUGCUGUUAUCAGUAUGCCUAUGCUGAAAAAUAUAGCUUAAUGUAUGUUCUGUAGUGUUAUUAACAAGGA